CUCCGAUGUAUCAUUUUGUUUUGCUGCAAUUCAGAGUGAAAUAUUUGGAUUUUUAAAUGUCUGUAUCUUUGUGCGUAUUACGGAUAGAAAUUGACGAAGAUCUUCCAGAAAUGGCUGAUAAUACAGUGGAUCUGGAUGCAGUGAAAGAGCAAAAGAAGAAAGAUCGCGGUGAACGGGAGACCAAAACCAUCACUGUAGAGACAUAUGCUAGCGUCUUAAUAGGUCCUAACACUGAUACUGGUAUAUUACCAACAAGUUCAAGACGUCCUCCGCCUGAAGACAGCGUUUCUGAAGAUGAGGAGACUAUAAGCUUUUUUUGCGGAAAUCCUUUGGUAGAAGUUACUAAAGGUGUGCUACAUUUGUAUAAGGAGAACGAGCUGCGCGAGGCGGAGGAGGCGCGCACGCUGUGCCUGCUGGCCGUGCCCGGCGCGCUGGGCGCCCCGGAGCUGCUGGCCUUCGCGGCCGCGUGCCAGCGCGACAUCGCGCACGUGCGCGUGCUGCGCGACGGCUCGCCCGAGCACUACAUGGCGCUGCUGACGUUCCGCUCGGGCCGCGCGGCGCGCGAGUUCCACGCCGCCUUCCACGGCUCGCCCUACAGCAGCCUGCAGCCCGGCGCGCUGUGCCACGCGGCGUGGGUGGCGCGCGUGGAGUGGGCGCGCGACGGGGCGCCGCCGCCGCGCCACACCGAGCUGCCCACGUGCGCCGUGUGCCUGGAGCGCAUGGACGAGAGCGUGGCCUCGGUGCUGGCCGUGCAGUGCGCGCACGCCUUCCACGCCGACUGCCUGCUGCGCUGGCGCGACGCGCGCUGCCCCGUGUGCCGCGCGGCGCAGACGCCCGAGCCGCGCGCCGCGCGCUGCGCCCACUGCGCGCUGGCGCCCGGCGCCGACGACGCCGGCGACGAGCGCGCCGGCGUGGCCGAGGGGCUGGGGCUGGACGGCGCCGAGGUGGGCCGCGGCACGCUCUGGAUCUGCCUCAUCUGCGGGCACGUCGGCUGCGGCAGAUACGAAGGCGGCCACGCGGCGAAGCACUUUAUGCAAUCCAACCACACGUACGCUCUGCAGCUAGGUUCCAACAGAGUGUGGGAUUACGCAGGAGACAAUUUCGUGCACCGACUCGUGCAGAACAAGACGGAUGGCAAGCUUGUUGCGUCUGAGGGCGCGCCGGGGGAGGACGCGGCCUGUGGGGGGGACAAGCUAGACUCGGCGCAGCUGGAAUUCACUUACAUUCUCACGCACCAGCUCGACAGCCAACGGAUGUUCUAUGAGGAGAAGAUUAACAGAAUGGAAACGGAACAUAAAGCUGAAUGCGAAGAACUGCGCACCAAAGCCUCGGAGGUAGAAAGCGAGUCUAGCAAGCUGAAGGAACAAGUCACUAAACUAACCAGAGAGAAUAAGACGCUCGAGAAGAAACUUCAACACGUGACUGCUAAACUGUCGACGCUGCAGAGCGAGCUGUCGGAGGAGCGCGGCCUGGCGUCGGCGCUGGCCAACAGCCAGGCCGAGUGGCAGGCGAGGGCCAAGAUGAGGGAGGACAACUUCGUUAAGGAGGUGACAGAGCUCAAAGAGCAACUCCGUGACGUAAUGUUCUUCGUGGAAGCGCGUGGGCAGCUGGAAAAGGCAGAAGGGGCCUCGCAAGAAGAGAUCGCUUCGGCCAGCGUGUCCGUCGCGCCGCCAAUUAAGCCGCGCCGGAAGAGGCGAUAGGCGACACGCGCUGGUGAUAUGUCGAACUGUUAAUACAACAGUGUAUUAAUUCGAAGUGUAUUUUUUCAGAUUCAAUGAAAAACGAUUUGCUUAUGUCUCACACUAUUAAAAUUUAUGUAUAGGUUAAAGCAUAGGUUCCCAAAUUUUUGGUUCAUCGCCCACUUCGGCAAGAUAAAAAAUUUCAACCACCACAAGAAAUAAUUGAAAACACGUAUUUUUUACAACAAUCCAAAUUUCAAAUGGUAGGGACCACUUUGGGAAAAUAUUAAUUAAAGUUUAUUACAGACAUCUAAACAGUAUCUUACUUACCAAAUGUAUUUAAAAAUCAAAGGGAAA